GCUGCCGCCGCUUCACACCAUGCGAGGUGGCUGCGGCUGCCGCCCGCGCCGGGGAACAGCAGCGCCGCCAGCCCUCGGCUCCGGCCUCCCCUCCCGCAGCUCCUGGAGCCGGGGACGCCCUUCGCGACGCCUCCAUGGACUCCAACGCGGCCGGCAGCGGCAGCGGCGACGCCCGGUCACCUACAUCAGACCUCAACAUGGCAUUGCAUGAGUGUAUGGCAGCUCUGGAUUUAUUUCUUAACAACAAAUUCUCAGAUGCUUUGGCUUCUUUACAAGCAAAAACUAAAGAUAGUAUGUAUCAUGCACUAACUUAUGCCACCAUAUUGGAAAUGCAAGCUAUGAUGACAUUUGAUCCUCAGGACAUACUGAAUGCAGGAAACACAAUGAAGGAAGCUCAAGCCACCUGUCAAAAAUUUAGGAAGAAAUCUACAGUAGCUGAUUCCAUCAACAAUCUUGUGCAUAGACAAAGCCUUGAACACUUUACUGAAGAGGAAAUCCAUGCAGAAAUUUGCUAUGCUGAAUGUUUACUUCAGAGAGCAGCACUCACAUUCCUCCAGGAUGAGAAUAUGGUUAGCUUCAUAAAAGGAGGCAUCAAAGUCCGAAACAGUUACCAAACAUACAGGGAGCUGGACAGUCUCAUACAGUCUCCACAUUAUGUCAAAGGAGAGAACCAUCUUCAUUUUGAGGGAGGUGUAAAACUUGGAGUUGGAGCAUUUAAUCUGACAUUGUCCAUGUUUCCCGCACGGAUUCUGAGAUUACUGGAGUUUGUUGGAUUUUCCGGAAACAAGGAGCAUGGUCUGCUGCAGCUGCAAGAAGGAGCAUCAUCAUACAGCUUUAGGUCGGUGCUGUGUACCAUGCUGUUGCUUUGCUAUCAUACUUUCAUGACCUUUGUGUUAGGGACAGGAAAAGGGAAUGUUGAGGAGGCAGAAAGACUACUUAAGCCUUACUUGGCUCGCUAUCCAAAGGGAGCCAUAUUCCUGUUUUUUGCAGGCAGGAUAGAAACACUAAAGGGUAAUAUUGAUGCGGCAGUUGAUAGGUAUGAAGAAUGUUGCGAGGCUCAGCAAUAUUGGAAGCAGUUUCAUCACAUGUGUUACUGGGAGCUCAUGUGGUGCUUCACCUACAAGCGCCAGUGGAAGAUGGCUUUCUUUUAUGCAGACCUGCUAAGCAAAGAAAACACUUGGUCAAAGGCUACUUAUAUUUACAUGAAAGCUGCUUAUCUCAGUAUGUUUGGACCAGAUGACUGCAGUCCUUUUGGAGACAGCGAAGUUGAAUUAUUUAGGAUUGUUCCCAGUUUGAAACUGAAAAUUGCAGGGAAAUCUCUGCCUACAGAAAAGUUUGCAAUUCGGAAAGCUCGACGAUAUCUUUCUUCAAACCCCAUUCCUUUGCCUGUUCCACCUUUGGAAAUGAUGUAUAUCUGGAAUGGCUAUGCUGUAAUUGGAAAAUGUCCCAACUUAACAGAAGGCAUGUUAGAAACUUUAAUUGAAGCAGAAGAAGCAUUGGCAAGAAGUUCAGCUACAGAAUUACUAGCAGAUGACCAGUGCGUGAUAAAACUGUUAAAGGGCUUAUGCCUCAAGCAUUUGGGCAAGAUCUCAGAAGCAGAAGACCAUUUUAAUUACAUCUAUUUAAAUGAGAAGAAGAUAAAAUAUGACCAUUAUCUAAUUCCAAAUGCCUUGCUGGAGCUGGCGAUACUGUAUCUAGACCAGGGCAGAAGGGAAGAAGCAAUAAAACUACUGGAAAAAGCAAAACAAAACUACAAGAAUUACUCCAUGGAAACAAGAACACAUUUCAGAAUUCAAGCUGCCCUGCACCAAGCCAAAUCCGCCCCAGAAAAUGGAAUGCACUCUGGAGCCUCGGCAGUGUCGUAACUUUUUCUUCUUUGAUGUCCUGUUUGUUGCAAACUUUGGUGCAGAAAAUUACUGACACUUAAGAAUUAUUUUUCCUUCUCUUUCAAGUCAGUGAGAAACCAAAUCAUUUGAGAUUUUAAAGGUGAGGCAUAAAAAGUUAAUCAAAUGUAAUAACAUGGCAAAAAACCUCUCAAACCAACCAUAACCCUGAAAAAUAUUGUUUUUCCAAACAGUGGCUUUUUGAAUACUUACAUCUGUGUAAUUCAUUUUUCAA